AUUGACAGUCGACUUCAAUAAGGCCUCUGUUCUUGCUCGUUGAGCAUAAGAUUUUUGUCAGCACCAUCCGAAAUCUUGUAAUAAUGUCCUCGAAAUCUCUUGCUACCCCUUUUAUUCGUCAUGUAACGAGCAGGGGAUAUGCCCAAACAGCUCCAGUUGCGAAGAAGGAGGCUAGACUUCAGACAAGUGUUUUACCCAAUAAAACAUUUGUGGCUGCGCUCGACAAUGGAUCACCUGUUACGCGCCUUACGAUUGCCUUUAAGGCGGGAUCCCGUUAUGAACCCCAGACUGAGCUCGGUCUCGCUCAUGUCCUACGUUCUGCUGCUGGUCUGUCAACAAAGAACUCAAGUGCAUAUAUGAUCCGUAGACAACUCACGCAAAUUGGUGCAUCUUUCACGGCAUCAGGAGACCGUGAAUUUGUUUACUAUACUGUUGAAGCUACUCAGGACAAUUUAAAAACAGCACUGGAGUACCUUAACAAGAUUGUAUCAAACCAAGAAUUUCGUCCAUGGGAGCUGACUGACAAUCUGCCACGUCUAAGAUAUGAUAUUGCUGCCCUCCCACCUCAGGUGCGUGCUGUAGACCUAUUGCACAAGGCUGCAUAUCGUCGCGGACUUGGCAAUUCUCUCUUCAUUGCUCCCAAGAAGAUUGGAAAGAUCAGCUCAGAGUCUCUCCAACAUUUUGCCAGUAACAACCUGGUACCAAAUCGUUGUGCCAUUGCGCUUAUUGGUGAAAAUCAGGACACAGCCUGCCUUCUUGCUGACAGUCUUCAACUAUCAUCACUUGUUCAAGAGUCCAAGAGCGAUACCACCACCUAUUAUGGUGGAGAAUUAAGGAAAGAGAUGGGCGGUGAUCUAGCCCACGUAGCUCUGGCCCUACAAGGGGCACCGGCUAGUAUCCCGCAAUCCCUUGCGUUAGCUGUUGCUGCCAGAGCUUUGGGCUGUGGGCCAGUGACCAAAUGGGGCGCCAACAACUCCCCAGUAGCAAAGGCUAUAGGCAACAUCGGUCCAUUCGCUGCUGCCGGCUUCAAUGUGUCCUACAGUGAUAGCGGUUUGUUUGGAGUUGUGCUCUCCGUACCCAAGGAUGAGGCGAAUGCGGCCGUGAAAGCUGUUGCCAACCUCCUUAAACAGCCUCUUAGUGCUGAUGCCAUCAAGGCUGGCAAGAACCAGUUGAAGCUGCAAGUUCUAGCGGAAGCUGAGGAUGGCACUUCCUUAGCAGAGUCCCUGGCUGCGCAGGGCUUGUUCACCGGCAGUGCUAAGUCACCCCUCGACAUUGCCAGGGAAAUUGAUCAGUUGUCUACCAAUGAUGUGUCACAAGCCAUGUCAAAUGCAUCCAGAUCUAAGCUAUCUAUGGGAUCCGCAGGGAAUCUAGCAUUUGUUCCAUUUGUAGAUGAAUUGUAAAUCAUUUAUUAUGAUGUAAUGACAUUAAUUUACUUAGAUCAUUUGAAAUUUACCAUGUUUUGUUGUAUAUUAACUCUGUAAUUUAUUGUUCAUUCGGAAUAAAGAGUUGAAAAUACUAA